UGUCUGAUCACAAGAGAUUCAUUUUCUGGAGAAAAAAAACUAUCUCCCUCAUAAAAACUUAAGCAGCAAUUUUACAUUACAGACCCACCACCCCCAUUUUCAUCUCCAAUCAACAACGAAGCCGAUUACGACAUAUAUGUAUCAUCCAAUCCUACCACUUGUUUUCUUUUGAUCUAACGGCUGAAAAGGAAAAGAAGAGAAAAAAAAUGGGGUUAAUAACUGGAAUAAUGAUGGGGACUAUAUUCGGGAUUGCGAUUAUGGCCGGUUGGCGUCAUAUGAUGCGUUAUCGAAGCAGUAAACGAAUCUCCAAGGCAGUCGACAUAAAACUCCUUGGAUGUCUCAACAGAGAUGAUCUGAAGAAAAUUUGUGGUGACAACUUUCCCGAAUGGAUAUCAUUCCCUGUUUAUGAACAGGUGAAAUGGUUGAAUAAACAAUUAACCAAACUCUGGCCAUAUGUUGCAGAAGCAGCUUGUAUAAUAAUUAAGGAAUCGGUUGAGCCACUAUUGGAAGAAUACCGUCCACCAGGAAUUACAUCAUUGAAGUUCAACAAGUUGUCUCUUGGAACCGUGGCACCAAAAAUUGAAGGUAUUCGUGUUCAGAGCCUUAAGAAGGGUCAAAUAACAAUGGACAUUGACUUCCGGUGGGGCGGUGACCCGAGUAUUGUUUUAGGAGUUGAAGCUGCAGUUGUUGCUAAUUUGCCUAUUCAGCUGAAGGAUCUACAAGUUUUCACAGUUGUUCGUGUUAUUUUCCAACUUUGCGAGGAAAUGCCUUGCAUCUCUGCUGUUGUCGUUUCUUUACUUUCUGAGCCAAAACCAAGAAUUGAUUAUACAUUGAAAGCUGUUGGUGGAAGUCUAACAGCCAUUCCUGGACUUUCAGAUAUGAUUGAUGAUACGGUAAAUACAAUAGUUACAGAUAUGCUUCAAUGGCCCCACAGGAUUGUAGUUCCCAUUGGUGGUAUACCCGUGGAUACAAGUGAUCUGGAGCUUAAGCCACAAGGACUAGUCACAAUAACCAUUGUGAAGGCAAAUAAUUUGAAGAAUAUGGAAAUGAUCGGGAAAUCAGAUCCUUAUGUGACUGCAUUUAUCCGGCCACUUGAAAAGUUCAAAACAAAGGUUGUUAAUAACAACCUGAACCCUGUUUGGAAUCAUACACUUCAGUUAAUUGCAGAGGACAAGGAGACACAGUAUGCUGUACUUGAGGUUUUGGAUCAAGAUAUAGGGCAAGACAAGCGACUGGGCAUUACAAAGUUACCUUUGAUCGACCUUGAACCAGAGACCGAAAAAGAGAUUGAAUUGAGACUGCAACCUUCUCUUGACAUGCUUAAGAUAAAAGAUAAGAAGGACAGAGGAACUCUUACAAUUAAGGUCAAAUAUCAUCAUUUUACCAAAGAGGAGCAAGAUGCUGCUAUAGAGGAAGAAAAGAAGAUACUAGAAGAGAAAAAGAGACUUAAAGCAGCAGGUGUCAUAGGAAGUACCAUGGAUGCCAUUGAUGGAGCAGCCGGAUUGGUAGGGUCCGGUGUUGGGCUCGUGGGUACCGGCAUAGGCACAGGAGUUGGACUAGUGGGAAGUGGAGUUGGUGCUGGAGUUGGGCUUGUCGGAAGUGGGUUUGGUGCAGUUGGUAGUGGGCUCAGCAAGGCUGGAAAGUUCAUGGGUCGGACCAUCACCGGAAGCAGUGGUUCUAAAAAGAGCGGCGCAUCAACUCCAGUGAACUCUGUUGAAGAAAAUGGUGGCGCAAAACCACGCUAACCAGUACUAGCUAUAUCUGCUGUUUAUCAAAUGUGAAUUAUAUCUCGCGCGAGCUAAAUUAUCUUUGUUUUUAUUGGUUUUCUUUGUUUAGGAAAAAUAAUUACUAGAUUGGCUGUAAAUCAUUGAUGCUUCACUUUAAUAUUCGUUCAUGUGGAUAGUGAGAUAAUGCUUUUAAAUUUGUUAUUUGUGGAUAUCAAGAUAAUAGUAUAAUACCUUCUCAUUUGGCA